AUGUUCCAAGAGGGCGCUUCACGUCGCAGGCCUCGAGGUUUCCGGCGCAAGGUGGCCGCCAACUCCUCGGUCGUCUCCAUCGCGGCGGCCGCAGCCGCCGUCAACUCUUCGGUGGCAGUUGCCGCGGCAGCGGCCGCAGCAGCAGCUGCCGCAGCCGCAGCCGCGUCUACCAGUGGCGGCGGCAUCACAGCCGGUUCCCUUGCCUACCAGCCCGGAGUGCCAUUGUCUCACGCGCUCACGGGUCUCUCGGUCGACCAUUCUGGUCAUUCUCUCCUCUCCGGUACCAUGCAACACGCACACACGCAUUCACACCAACAUCCACAUGCUCCAACCCACCUACACGCACACACUCACCCGUCCCAGCACAUGCACAUACAUCCGCACACACAAGCACACUCCAAUUGUCAUGAGCAGGCUCAAACGCACAUGCCGCUGCACUCGGUCGUCCACAACCCGGCCGCCAGUCUGAUACAUUCACAUGCACAGUCGUACGCCUCCGGGACUGGUCAACUGGGCCCUCCUGGCCAAGGGCUUUCGGUACACGCCGCUCACAUGCAGCCACGCGGAGCCGGCCAGCCCACAAUCUAUGGGCAUCAGGGACAGCAGGCCUUGCAGACUGGUUUUCCCGGCCACUUGGCCUCCCGGUAUCCCCCGGUUUCCUAUCCCACACCGUCAGCCUCACUCGCCUCGUCGCAUUCUGCCUCCAGUCUGCUCUCCUCGUCUGCCGGCCCCUUCGGGCCGAGCACAUCUGCCUCCAAUACCAUCGCCUCCGUCGGUGUCUACCAAACUUCCGGCUCCCUCCUACCCCCCCUCACGGGACUCACAUCCUCCGGCGAUCUCCUGCGAGGCGCCUCCGAUCUGGUUUCCGGUUUCUCGGCCCUACCAACCCCUUUGCUGACCAAUCCCAGUUGCCUUGGCUCGUCCGGUUGCCACACAACCGCACUCUCCAUCAGCACUGGUCUCGCCUUGACGCCCACGUCGAGAGCGACCCCUACACAGACGACAACACCUGCCGGAACAGUCAUUCCAAGCAACAACAACAACAACAACAAUAGCAACAACAGCAAUGGUAGCAGCAAUGGCAGUAGCAACAGUAGUGCCUUAAGCAGUUACGAGUACAAUCUUUCUGUUUGUUCCAGUUUGGGUUUG